ACCACCACUCUCUAUAUUACUCUUCCAUUUCACCCUUCAAAAGAGCCAAAGCAAAGCCAACUCAAAACGCUAUCAUUUCCUCUCUUUCUUCUCUCUAAUCCAUGGCUGUUGAAGCUAGGCAUCUAACUUUUUCCCCCACUCAAUUCUUAGGAAACAGGGACGUAAUGAAUCCCAUUGAGGCGAACGGGAAUCUGUAUUCGGCAGAGAUGGGAUACGGGUUUCCAACGGCGGCGGCGGAAGGAUUGCUACCUUUGUAUAACUCUUUGGUUAACGAUCAAAUGGCGGCGAUGAAAUCGGAGAGUACUUUGACGUGUAACAAUGUUCUUACGUUACCCAGAAAGCGUCCGAGGGAUUCCAUUAUUCCAAUCCUUUCGUUUCCUUCAUUGGCUCAACAACAACAACAACCUCAUGGCAGUAACAAUAAUAAAGCUUGCUCUUCGUUCUCGUUUCUCGGUCAUGAUAUUUCGCUUCACAUGGAGCAACAGCAGUUGGAUAUUGAUAAUCUUAUCUCCCAACACAUGGAGAAAAUGAGGGUGGGAAUUGAGGAGAAAAGGAAGAGGCAAGCAAGGAAUAUAAUGGAGGCAAUCGAAGGAGGGGUGAUGAAGAAACUAAGAGCCAAAGAAGAAGAAAUCGGGAAGAUCGAUAAACUAAACUGGGCACUCGAAGAAAGAGUGAAAUCUCUGUGCAUCGAGAACCAAAUAUGGCGCGACUUGGCUCAAACCCACGAGGCAACCGCCAACGCACUCCGGACCAACCUCGAACAACUCAUCGCAGCCGCCCAGCUCAAGGGCGAGCGCACUCGUGGCGUGGAGGAGGAUGCUGCAGCAGAAGCGGCGGGAGACGAGGUGGAUGACGCGCAGUCUUGUUGCGGCAGCAGUUGGGAGCUGGAGAAGCAGCGCCCGUUAGCAGGGACCGCCGAGGAAGGUGGUGCCGGUCGUUUCUGUAGAAAUUGCGGGAAGGAGGAAUCGUGCUUGCUGCUAUUGCCGUGCAGGCAUUUGUGCUUGUGCACCGGUUGUGGGUCGACGGUUCAUACUUGCCCCGUUUGUAAAUCCACUAAAAAUGCUAGUGUUCAUGUUAACAUGUCAUAAACCCCCCAAAAUAAAUCAAUAUAC